GGGUGAUUCUCUACACGUGCGUUGCAGUGGAGUAAAUAAUUGUAUGGUAAAAGAGUAUUUGUAUCGGUCAGUAGUAUCCUACAGCAGAGUUAAUUAGUUUCCUCUGGCCUAAUAGUGCUGUAUGUGUAGACGAUGACACUUUACUGCAGAGCUAAUUAGUCAACUACAGUAAAUCACACAUGUAGAUGCCCUCAGAAUGUAUGCUGCUUCAAGAAUCCAAUUCAGAGGCAGGCAAUUAUUUCUAAUGGAGGGCUGCUUACUGACUUUUGGCAAGUCAUCGAAGACCGUGUAACAGGCAGCCAGGGCAGAUAAAUAUUUAUUUUCUAAAUUGUUUAGGGGCCGUCAGGUAGAAUAGCCUGGCGGGCUGCAUCUGGCCUGCGGGCCACAUUUUGCCCACCCCGAUCUAAUUUGAGUGUUUUGAUAAUACAUGUAGUUCAAGCUUGCAGAUAAAGAAUAUUGGCAGAGGUUGAAGGGAUUUUUUUUCUGAUUCCCCAGAUUAGUAAGCCACUUUUUUUUUCCUUGUUAAAUUAGAAUACAGUUAUCAAAUUAAAUUAAACUGUUUUGGAUUUAGAUUGCAAGUGAGAACAAAAUUUCACCCCAUUUGUUUGUCUUUCUGUAUCCACAUAGUUUGGAGCUUUUGUUAUCAACUAAUUGCUCCCAGUGUAUACCCCGUUUUAUGUAUGCAAGCUGGAUAGCGUGCAGUCAAGACAACAAACCUCCCUUUUAAUUCAUUUGCAUUAUAGCAAAUGAAUUUUGUGGCCUAUGUUAUAAACCAGGACUGAUCAACUAAAUUGUCAGGAGUUUGCAAAGGAGCAUCUCUUGGAAGAUACUAAUAAUGAAUGUACUAAGAGUAUUCAUUGGAUCGCCAUGUGGUCUAAAUCUUCGUAACAUUUUGUGGCAUGGAUUUGCCUCCCCUCAAGAAAUUCCUGUAAAAUAUUGCUCUAUGCUGCUUUUUUUAACUGCAGGAUUGGGGCAGUUACUAAAGAGAUACCUUGUGCAAAACAAAUUCAGUUUAGUACACCGACCUUACAUAACUUUCAGUAACUUGGAGGAGUUGGACAUAUUUCCAGAUAUUAAUUAUGAAGUGCUUUCUUUAACUGAGGAGCUAGCAAAGAGAUCCAGUUUUGUGUUAAAAAUCAUGUUACCCUUUUGGAUUUCUGCACUAACAGCUUUCAGGCAGCACAGGUAUGCUGACUGUAUUACAUUAUUACUUCCUCAGCUGGAAACCGGACUUAGGUUACUCUUUACCACAGUUAAUAAAUGUCCAAGUAGACUGCUAACUGCUGAGCCUUCUUCUCUUUAUACCACCCUUGAUGAGCUGACAGCUUUACCUGAGGUGUCAUUAAUGGCUUGUACUGGAUCUCGUCCAUCAGCCUUAAGUAUGAUCAAUGGAUUUGCUGCUGGAGAUUUGGCAGUAUCUUUGCAGAUGUUGGCAAAACAGUUGACAGAUGAAGAGAUCAAUCAGCUUCCUCUAAUUCUUGGAGAACCAGCAGUGGAAUUUCUUUGGGAUUUCUUGAACCAUCAAGAGGGUCCACGUGUGAGAGACCAUUUAAGCCAUGGAGAGAUCAGUUUAAAUGAGUUUCCUAGAGAAAUAGCCAACCAAAUACUUGGGUUUGCCAUUAUACUUUUAUGCAGAUUUUCAGAAGAAGAGGAGUUUGUAACCCUCAAGGAGCAUACAGCUAUAAAACUACUGAUCACCUGUGCAAAUUGCUACUCAUCUCGUUUUCAUCCAAUUGCCAGACUUAAGAAACAGGUGCUGGAGUGUAUGAAAAGCAUUAGCUCCUGGUCUGAGCUUCCUGUAGUGUCUAAGGAGCAAAUUCAAGCAAUUACAGGGUACAAGCGAUGUACAGAAAUGCAAGAACUAGUGUCUCUGAUUACUGGGAUUCUCUCUCAGUUGCAGCACCAUUUGCCCUCAAGUUGCUACAUUUUAGAUGAUCCAUUAAAUAAUCUCCUAACUGAGGAAUUACUGACUGAGCUUUGUGGUAUGCAGAUUCGCACCCUGUACUGCCCACGGUCGCUCCUGGAAGUAUUGGUGGUACUCCGUCAGAUAGGCGCACAGUGCCAUCAGGUGUCUGAACAAGUUAUUGUUUGCACUGAAAUGAGAUAUAAACAGUGGGUGAACAAAACACUGCAUUCUCGACAGAGGCAUAACUAUCUACGGAUGUUAAAAAGUGUUAAAUUUCUGUCUCCUGUGUUACGGCUGAUUUUAGUGUUGAUUACUCUGGAACUAAACAACAUCCACGCUAUUUGUCAGGAGAAUCCUUUUGAAUAUCAGCAGUAUCUAAAGUUUUUAAAAUCGAUUUUGCAGUAUACUGAGAACUUAGUGACUUAUACAAGCCCAGAAAAAAACAAAUGGGAUGAAACCGGGCAGCUUACCUACAGAGCCUUGAUAAAAAUGAAGACAUUCAAUGAGAGAAAGCUAACAUUAAUGCAAUUAGCUACACAAAAGAAAAUGUCUUGAAAGUGCUUGGUUUUUAAAGUUAUGUAUGUCUAAAUUUAAUGAGGCUAACAUUUUUGGGACAAUUUUUGCUCCUUUGUCCUGUUUCUCUUAUCAAAAAGACUUUCAGAACAGAAUUUGGGAUUUUAAUAUAGCAACAAUGUUGCUGGUAAUAGAGUUCAGUGAUCACUUUUCCUGAAACGGAACGUUUUGCCAAGGGCAGCAAUGAGGACUGGACUGAAAUCUCUCCUAAAUGAUUUGAGAUGGAUUUUUUUAAAGAGUAUUAUGUGAUUUAAAGCUUUUUUUUUUUUAAUUUAUUUUUUUACACUGUACUUGAAAAUGACCGGGAAGACAAUUGGAAUGAAAGUCUUGGAAAAAAUCUGUCUGUAUGUGAAAUCAGAGUACAUGCUGUCUCCUAUUCAUCUUGAUAAAAAAAUAUAUAUUAUGUUCCCAUGUUGCAUACCUCAUUCUUUUUGAUAACUUCUUAUUUUAAGAAUUUUUCAGCAGCAAUCCCUUAUUUACCUCUCCAAAAGAGAAUAGAGGGAUGCAUCAGUUUAAUCUUCAAUCAUCCAUUAAAUUUCACCAAUCCAUUUUUUUUUUUAAGAAUGGAAGAUGGAAUCAACUAAAUGACACACAAUUGACUUUUUUUCUUUUUCAAAUGUAUGCAUUGCUGCUGUGUUACAAUAAAAUAUGUUUAAUGCA